AGGCCUAGGCUACUUAAAGCAGGAUUAGCGCUCUACCAACAUUAUUACACUCAACUGCCCUCCAUUCAACCACCGCGCGACCUGCUGCUCGGCGCGUGAUCGAAAAUAGGAGGGCUUUCGACUAAUCAGUACUUCAGACUCGCACGAGCAAAAGUGCUUGGGUUGUCGAGUGAGCUUUUAGCAGAGGCGCAGAAGGCAGAAGGAAGGAGCGCACGCAAGAGCGGCGCGUUACCAAUGCAUUCUCCAGAUAUAGUACGGUCCGAAGAUUGAAAUACGGAAAGCUAUAUAUUCCACAGGAAUUUUGAACAGUGCACGGUGUGCUAUCGUCUCCGAAUGAAUGACCAUGGGGGAGUGGACAAUAUUAGAGCGUCUCUUGGAGGCGGCUGUCCAACAGCACUCUACUAUGAUCGGAAGGAUCCUCCUAACAGUGGUGGUGAUCUUCCGGAUUCUAAUUGUUGCUAUAGUUGGAGAAACCGUCUAUGAUGACGAGCAGACGAUGUUUGUGUGCAACACCCUGCAGCCCGGCUGUAACCAAGCUUGCUACGACAAGGCGUUCCCUAUUUCCCACAUCAGAUACUGGGUGUUUCAAAUUAUUCUUGUAUGCACCCCUAGCCUCUGUUUCAUCACCUACUCCGUGCACCAGUCUGCCAAACAGAAGGAGCGUAUGGAGCGGGGGUACUCCACUGUGUUCCUCUCCUUGGACAAACGCCAGGAUUCCAUAAAAAGAGACGACAGUAAAAAGAUCAAAAACACUAUUGUAAAUGGAGUACUUCAAAACACGGAAAACUCGACGAAAGAAGCCGAGCCCGACUGCUUGGAGGUGAAGGACAUCCCAAACUCCACCAUGAGAACUAGUGGAAAGUCUAAAAUGAGGAGGCAGGAGGGCAUCUCAAGAUUUUACAUUAUUCAAGUGGUUUUCCGAAAUGCGCUAGAAAUAGGGUUCCUGGUGGGUCAAUAUUUCCUGUACGGAUUCAAUGUCCCCGCGGUAUAUGAGUGUGAUCGAUACCCCUGCAUCAAAGAUGUAGAAUGCUACGUUUCAAGGCCCACUGAGAAAACUGUGUUUCUGGUCUUCAUGUUUGCAGUCAGUGGCGUCUGUGUACUGCUGAACUUGGCUGAACUCAACCAUCUUGGAUGGAAGAAGAUCAAAAUCGCUGUCAAAGGCGUGCAAGCGAGGAGGAAGUCAAUCUACGAGAUCCGUAACAAAGACUUGCCUAGAAUGAGCAUGCCCAAUUUCGGCCGCACUCAGUCGAGUGACUCUGCCUAUGUUUAACCCCCUGAUAAGGCCGUGAGGAUGCUGUCCAUUGCAGCACCACGGAAUGGAACAACUGUACAAAUAAUAGAAAUAUAGUGGACAUUUUAUCUCACCAACAACGUUUGUAAAGUAAGCUAGGUGGGGUAGAUCGAUUUUGUCUGUCUUGGACAUUUAAAAAACAAACAGACCAAACGUUUGUCAUGUAGGAUUUAUAAGAAGGCACUUCUCAGUAUAUGGUUUAGCCUAUAUUUUGUAACGUGCAAUGUUCUUCGCAAAAGCACAUUAUUCGUUUUCACAGAUUUACUCUGUUGUUUACUUCAGUGGUUUAAAAAGGAGUAAAUACUUACCCUAAAUAUGCAUAAUGAGCCAAAAUAUAUCCGAGUUGUGCUGUGAAGGUGUUUUUAAGACAUUCCAACGGUUUUAAACACCCCAUUUAAAAUAAAACAAGAAAACAACGAUACACUAUUUGGCAGUUUUAGGGUAAAUAUUCCCAAAAUCAUCGAAAGGUCUCUUCAUUAUUCCUGUAGGCUUUAUCAUUCAUAUUACAUCUUAAUCAGAUAUAUUAACAUAUAUCAUCUCUGUUAUUGUUUUGGUUGCCUGAGCUUGCACCACUGACCUUAACCUAUGUGAUCACGCCAUUGGGAGAUGUGCUGCAAAUGAUUUAUUCUGUGACUUUUUUGUUCUUUUUUUAUCUACACCCAAGCGCCCAUUGCAUUUAUUUUUGGGGAAACCGAAUUGUCAUGAUUUUAUGUCAUCAAGUGCCAUAUAUGUACAUACAUAUAAACAUUAUAUAUCAAUCAAGUAUACCAGUCAUCAUGAAAGCUGAUUUCUUUAAAUUAUUCUUUUGGAUUAAAUGCUGUCAUCUUUCAUUUUGGAAGAUAAAAAACAAACAACCUUGGCACAUUCAAAAACAGAUUGAUGAGCAACUAGUCAGCUAGAGCACAAAUCUGAUUUGGAAUCAGUUAGAUAAUAAGCAAUAUGUAAUUGCCUCUGGUGCUACCAUAUUCCAAAACAGUGGUUCAACACAUCAACUGAAGACAAACUGAAAGGUGAUUUUAUCCAAAAAUAAAUAUGGAAAUCAUGUAUACAAAA